AUGGGCAAGGUGAUCCUCCUUCGCUUCAAGCCCUACGAGCCGAACUUCAUUCCUACAUUUACAUUCAAGAUCACUAGCCGACUGCGUCCUCAGCACCCCCAUGUCCUCCAAUCGUCUCCGCCUCACCUGGUCCGAGAAGGUAGCCAUCCUCAAGUAGGCUGCUCGCUCACCUAGUCUGUCGUAAAAUGAGCUAGCUGAGUGGGCGGUUGAAGAGUUUGGGCUUCCAACGGUUCCUGGCAAAAUGACAAAGUACCGCAUACUCAAAUCAAGUGCUGUGCUGCGCGGACGGCCUGUGGAGAAGGCUGUACGAUCUAAAGUUAGCGCUUUCACGAUUCAGCAGUGCUGCUGAAUCAGCACUGCUGGAAUAUCACUUUGGUCUCUUUCAAAAGUCGAAUCUUCAAUUUAUCCUAACUUAAUUCAAUACAUGCACAUGAUCCGAU